AUGGGAGACAAAUCAAACCAGUCGUUCCCAUGGGAGCUGGGUGUCUUCGACGCGCACUGUCAUCCGACAGACACAGUCGCCAAUAUCUCGUCAAUCCCGGACAUGCACGCCAGAAUUUUGACCAUCAUGGCCACACGUGCACAAGACCAGCAAUUAGUAGCUGAGACGGCCGACAGACUAGGCGUCAAGAGUAGGCUCGAUGAAGAUUGGAGGUAG